CACAGUGAUGCAGAUCGAUAUGCUUAUGUUAUGUACCAUCUUCAACUCCGGAGUGUAUAGCAUUCUGUUUGAAACAUGUUGCAAACAACGCGUGCAAACAAUGUAAUUCCCGUUUGGAUAUGUCCCCAUUCACUAAAAACCUAUUUGUCUGUAUUUCGUAUCAUACCAACUUAGUGAUAUCUCUGCCUCCUACCUGAGGUUAUCAGUGAUCGAUUGAUGCUAUACACAUAAACUCGUUAAACGUAAGUUUCAUCUCUUCCGUCCAGUUAUAUUUACAAUCGAUUGGGCAUUGAAAGUCCCGUACUGAAACCAAAUAAUGCGCUUCUAAACGACAGGAUGGCUAAUAGUUUGUUGAGAUUUGACGCUCAUAGCAUUUUGAAUUCAUUCGGACAUAGUACGACGUCACUGUUCUAGGUAAAUAAUUCUUCUGGUUGGACUGUUCUGCUAUGAACCCCUUAUCACAGCAACACAGUGUAGCUAGUAUUGGAAGCUUGUUGGGCAAUUUGCCUUUACAAGGAGAUUCAAGUUUACAACAAAAAACGCCACUUAUCACUGGGGGUUCAGUCAAUCUUAACUUAAAUGUGUCUGACAAUGCCGCCAGCAUUCCAGGUAGAACACCUUGUACUCCGCUCACUUUAUCUACUCCGUUGCAAGACCGAGAUGGUGCGAUCCCGGUACCCCAAUUACAGAAUAUUGUAUGUACCGUAUAUUUAGGAUGUAAAUUAAAUUUAAAGAAUAUAGCACUUAGUGCUAGAAAUGCUGAAUAUAAUCCAAAACGUUUUGCUGCAGUUAUCAUGCGUAUACGUGAACCUCGUACAACUGCUUUAAUUUUUUCUUCUGGUAAAAUGGUAUGUACAGGUGCAAAAAGUGAAGAACAAGCAAGACUAGCUGCAAGAAAAUAUGCUCGUAUUAUUCAAAGGCUUGGGUUUGAAGCUCAUUUCAAAGAGUUCAAAAUUCAAAAUAUGGUUGGUUCGUGUGAUGUCCGCUUUCAUAUACGUCUUGAAGGUUUAGUAUUGUCACAAGGUCAAUUUGCAACAUAUGAGCCAGAAUUAUUUCCUGGGUUAAUUUAUCGUAUGACUAAACCAAAGAUAGUUUUAUUAGUCUUUGUUUCUGGGAAGAUUGUUUUAACAGGAGCAAAGGUUCGUGAAGAAAUCUAUGAAGCUUUUAAUAACAUUUAUCCAAUUUUGAAAAAUUUUAAAAAAUCUGACAAAGAUCCUAGAGCUCUUACAUCAUCAUCAAAUUAUAUGCACCCAUUAACUUGAAACUAAAUAUCAAUGAUCAAUUGUUUUUCCCCAGGAUGUUUCUUUCUUCUUUUUUUUUUUACUGCCUUUCUUAUUAAGAUUUAAAAACAAACCGAUAUUAUAAAAUACUUUUUUCUUAUCUUUUACCAAUUGAAUUAGUUAUUCUAACUAUGUAAAUCUCUAUGAAACAACAAAUUGUAUAUUUGAACAUUCUACACAUGAAGAUUUUCUGUGCACCCCUCACUAUUUUUCCAAGUGUAUCUUUAUUAUCUGUUGACAUUUCAUUUUUGAAGUCAAUAGUUUUUGAGUAUUGUAAUUGUUGUCAUCGUGUAUAUUAUAAAAUUAGUGGUAUUAUUACUAAUUGUUGACUUAUUUUGCAGUGUAUAAGUACAGUUUUAUGUACUUGACAAUAAGAGCUCAUUAUGUUAUAUAAUUUUACAAGCCAAAGUCGGUGUAACAAGGCUCAAACUUAUAGGCUAAUAAUUAGGAGUCAAAUUGUGUAGUUAACAACCAUUACGAUAAUUAUAGGGGAAAUAGUAAGGCGAUUUUAAUGUGUAAGUUAAAGAUCCUAUUAUUUCAAAUGAUGGUAUCCUAUUUGUGACGUCAUUAGUAAAUAAAGGUAUUACAAAAUGUCUCAAGAAAUUGUCUAUACAGUCAGUUAUUAACAAUGUAAGCCUUAUCAGGAAUCUAUAUUACUUCGGCUUGAGACAUCUUAUAUCAGCAGACAAUCGGUACUAUAUAAGAAUAAGGGUCAAGGAAACGUACGAACAGGUUGGCCAAUCGAUGAAGCCGCC